AUGGAAAGCUCUAGUCUUCAUAGCUUGUUUCAAUUAAUAUUAGCUUUUGUUCUCAUUGGUGCUUUUCUUGUGGUGGUUGCUCUUUUAUUCUAUGAAGUAUUUCAAUGGAGGCAAGCUAUUGAUAAUCACAAUAGAAGUAAUCUGGAAGCACAAAUGGAUAUCUUGGAAUCCCAAAGUUCAGAGCAUAUUGAGGAAAUAUUUUUAAGAUUACCAGAGGAAUUAGCAGGAGUGUAUCUGGAAGAACAACAAAAGGAAAGACAUCAAAGGGAACAAACAAUAAGAAACCUUCCUCCUCCACUAGAUUAUGAUACCUACAAGACAACGACAAGCAUAACUGAAUGUGCUAUUUGUUUGGAUGAAUUUGGGAGUGGAGAUUUGUGUAGACUUCUCCCUUUAUGUAAACACAUUUAUCAUUUUGAAUGUAUUAAUCAAUGGUUACUGGAAGAAUUAACUUGUCCAAUUUGUCGUAGUCCUAUUGUAAAUCCAUGA